AUGGUUAAAUACACGAGAAUGGAGAGUGAAUUACACGCCAGGGAUCGGGUGGGCGUUGAAGACUUUGUCUUAUUAGAGGACUACACGAAUCCAAACGCUUUCAUCGAUAAUCUUAAAAAGCAGGAGUCCAGAGAUCAAUGCAUUUUAAUCUCUGGCGAAAGUGGUUCUGGAAAGACAGAGGCGUCCAAAAAGAUUCUCCAGUAUUUGGCGGCCGCCAGUCAUCACAACCCGACCGUCGAGUCCGUCAAAGACAAACUCCUUCUUUCAAACCCAGUAUUAGAGGCGUUCGGAAACGCGAAGACAAACAGAAAUGACAACUCGAGUCGGUUUGGAAAGUAUAUGGACAUUGAGUUUGAUUACUUGGGCUCUCCAUUGGGCGGACACAUCAAUAACUAUCUGUUGGAGAAGUCGCGAGUUAUUCAUCAGAAUAAAGGCGAACGAAAUUUUCACAUAUUUUAUGAGUUACUGAACGGCGCCGACGACGAGACUCUGACCAAACUCUUCCUAAGAAGAGACCCUCAGAGCUAUUUCUAUCUGAAUCAGGGCGACAGCGAAGAGAUCACCGGAACUGAUGACUCCAAACAGUAUACUGUUGUGAAGAAUGCUUUCAAAGCGUUUGACUUUAGAGUCAACGAAGAGAAUACCAUUCUGUCGAUCGUGGCCUCAGUUCUUCAUAUGGGAAACACCGGCUUUUAUGAAGAGGAUGGGAUCCGUCUGACCAGAGAUCAGGCCAUCUAUGCGAGGGAUGCGUUGGCGAAGGCUGUCUACGAUCGCCUCUUCACGUGGUUGGUCUCCAAACUGAAUGAAUCGCUCGAAAGUCGUGGACAUAAGACACGAAAGACAUUAAUGGGUUUAUUAGACAUCUAUGGCUUCGAGAUAUUCGAGAAGAACAGUUUCGAGCAGUUUUGCAUCAAUUAUUGCAAUGAAAAACUUCAACAACUGUUUAUUGAACUGACCCUCAAAUCAGAACAGGAAGAGUACCGACGCGAGAAAAUUGAGUGGGAACCGAUCGAGUAUUUCAAUAAUCGCAUCAUUUGUGAUCUCAUUGAGGAGCGACACAAAGGGAUUAUCGCUCUUUUAGACGAGGAAUGUCUGCGUCCAGGAGAUGCCAGUGAUAACACAUUCUUACAGAAAUUAGAGCUUAAUGUCGGAAGUCAUCCACAUUUCUGUAGCCAUAGCACCGCCGAUACUAAGACUAAGAAAAUAAUCGAAAGAGAUCAAUUCCGUUUGAAUCACUACGCGGGAGAAGUGGUGUAUAAUGUGGAGGGAUUUCUGGACAAAAACAAUGAUUUACUUUAUCGUGAUUUGAAGGGAGCGAUGUGUUCAUCGAGUAAUCCCAUUAUACAACAGGUGUUCCCCCAGAAUGAGGUGAACAGCAAGAAGAGACCGCUCACUGCGGGCACACAAUUCAAGAAUAGUUUAGCCAAACUCAUGACCACAUUGUCAUCAAAGGAGCCCUGGUAUGUCCGCUGCAUCAAACCCAACGACAACAAAGUUGCCAACAAUCUUGACGACCAAGUGGUCAGACAUCAGGUCAAGUACUUGGGUCUCAUCGAGAAUUUAAGGGUCAGGAGAGCCGGCUUCGCGUACCGGCGCCCGUACGAGGCUUUCCUUCAUCGCUAUAAGAGCCUAUGCCCGCAGACUUGGCCCCACUUUAACGGAAGCGCCAAAGAAGGCGUUCAGGUAUUAGUGAAUUACUUGGGCUUUGAAUCGGAUGACUACCGGAUGGGAGAAACAAAACUAUUCAUACGAUUGCCACGAACUCUAUUCGAUACGGAGGACGCAUUCCAGCAGAAGAAACACGAUUUGGCGGCAAUUAUUCAAAGUCGGGUCAAAGGGAGACAACAGAGAAAGAGGUACUUACAGAUGAGAAGCGCCGUUACCCUCAUCGCUAGCUAUUGGCGCCGAUUCCUCGCCAUUAAACUGUUGGCCAAACGACGAGUGGCCGCCCAUAUGAUCCGGACAUUCAUUAAGGGAUUUAUCACUCGUAAUGAACCCGAAAAUGAUUGCAAUCGAGCGUUUGUGAAGAAUGUAAGGGCGGAAUGGCUCAAAAGACUGGCCAAACAGUUGCCAAAAAAUGUUCUGGAUAAAUCGUGGCUCAUAUCACCGAAAUGUUGCCGAGAAGCGUCGGAAUUACUAAAACCAGUGCACCAGAGAUGGCUCGUCAGGAAAUACGUGCGAAGUAUUAAUCCCGAGAGGAAGCGACUGAUGGACGAAAAAGUUGUGGCGGAAAAGCUGUUCCGCAAUAAGAAAGCCAGUUAUGGCGCGAGUCUUCCCAAUAUGUUUAAAGAGAAUCGACUGAAUAAUGAAUUGGAAACACUUCGCCGGAGUAUAUUCGAGACUAAGUUUAAAAGAGGUGAUGAAAAGACUAUUUAUUGCCUACAAGUUGUCAAAUAUGAUCGACACGGGUAUAAACAGAGACCCAGAAUAUUAUUGCUGACAAAUAGUGCCAUUUAUUUGCUCAAUGAGAAAGACAUGAAACCCAAACACCGGUUGCCUUAUAAGAGCAUCAGUGAAGUGACGACCAGUGCUCUGAGUGAUGGACUUCUUGUUAUCAAAAUCCCUUCGGAUCUAAAACAAGACAAAGGCGAUUUGAUUCUGGACUGUAAGGCGCACCUGAUUGAAGUGGUCACCAAAAUCAUGAUAAUGAUUAAAGACAACGACUACGAUAAGCUUAAUAUUGUGGGCACCGGAAGUAUAAGCCAUAUGUGUAUCGAUGGGAAAGUGGGUCAAAUAUCGUUCACCCAGGGACAUUUUAAUGGUAUACUCAAGCGAAAGGAUGGCAUACUAGAAGUGAAUGACGACCGCAAGUACAUCACUGUCAGCACAUUUGGGUACUUCAUCGGCGGUCACCUAAGCAUCGAAGUGAACCAAUUCAGUGAUAGUCCACACAAAGACGAUUCAGUGUUUGGAUUCACUUUAGCCAAGACUAUGAGCGAUAGCCUCACACCAUAUCUUGAGGGACACGAAGACCGAUGUCUUCUCAUGGAUGAUGUGGUGACCAUUAAUAACGAUGAAAACAUUGGAUUAGUCUCAAUGGUCUUUGAUUUCAAGAAUCAAGUAGUUAAUCUCAAAUGCAAUAAAUUGUUAUCCGAUUUACGCUUCGCUGACGGAAACCCAUUGAGACCUAAAAGAAGUACCAAUGAGUCGAGUGAUGACACGAAUCCCAUCCACAAUAAGUCCAAAGACGCAAAGACUCUGCCACAGAGUGAUGACAAAAGUGGUGUUACUAACCAUAACAAGAAGGAACCGGUGGACAGUAGGCAACACAUAGACUCCUACUCACAGAAUAACAAGAAUGAAGUGAAUAAAGACACGAAAGACGACAGUUUGGGCGCAAAUGUGGAGAAAUUGAGUGAUAAUAAUGAACUCAAAGCUAUUGAACCAAAAGUGGAGACGAAUGUACAAAAGGACGUGAAUUUGGAUCAAAAACUCGACACAAUGUUAAAAGAAACGAAACCAGAGGUUAAGUCCGGCGAUACUUUUGAAGACAAACAAACCGAAAAGAGUGUGGAGAUUGAGACCAAAUCGUGUUCUUUGAAAUCAGUGAAACUCUUGCGCCACGGCGAUGAUAAUAGACCGCAAUUCAGUUUUAAAAUUCAAGCGGUAAUCGCAGACAAUUCACAUGAGGGUCUGUAUAGUCUAUUCUUUCACAACUGUCCCAACUAUGGCUCGCGGGGAGGCUUCCGGAAGUCGACCACUUUUAAUCUGAACAUCUCUAUCAGUGAAGACAAUUUGGGCAACUAUUUGUCUGCUGGAGAGAUACCAUUACCUCAGCUAUACUUCGCUCUGUCCGUCAUAUUCUUCUUAUUGGGAAUCAUUUGGAUUCAUGUGAUUCGCAACAAACAGAACGACGCCUUCAAACUCCACUAUUUGAUGGCCGCUCUGGUGUUUGUCAAAGCCUUCUCACUACUAUUCCAUGGGAUUAACUAUCACUACAUAUCGACUGAAGGGUCGCAGGUGGAGACGUGGGCAGUGCUCUACUACAUCACUCAUCUACUGAAAGGAGCCCUACUUUUCAUAACGAUUGUGUUGAUAGGGACGGGAUGGGCGUUCAUUAAACACAUUCUCAGUGAUAAAGACAAGAAGAUAUUUAUGAUUGUUAUUCCACUUCAAUGGCUUCUCUCGCUUCUCCCUCUCGAAUUCGUGUUAUACACCGCGCUGAUCUUCAUAUUAGUAGAUCUGUUGUGUUGCGGAGCCAUACUAUUCCCAGUCGUGUGGUCCAUACGGCACCUGCAGGAGGCCUCACAGACGGACGGAAAGGCUGCCAUAAACUUAAGAAAACUGAAACUAUUCCGACACUUCUAUGUGAUGGUCGUCUGUUACAUAUACUUCACUCGAAUUAUCGUCUAUUUAUUGAAGAUAACGGUUCCCUUUCAGUAUGAGUGGCUUAACGUAUUCUUUCAGCACUCGGCGACUCUUCUAUUCUUCUUGUUGACGGGCUAUCACUUCCAGCCGACCUCUACUAACCCUUACUUCCAGUUAGCACUAAGCGAUGAAGACUUGGAAUUGGAGGAAGUACUCUUUGUUCAGCCAAACAGUGGCUUCAGUGAGACGAAGAAGCGGAGCCAUCGCGACAGCGAAUCCAAUGUCAACUCGGAUACGGAGCGAUUGAUCACCAAAAGAGAAAGUAGUCAUGAUUUUGAUUAGUUAUGAGUUAUGUAUAGGAUUUUAAUAAAUCGUUUUAUGAAAUUAAUUCAAAUGUAUUUUAAAUAACUCUUUUUUUGUUUUGUCGAUUAAUGAGAUGAAUGUUUAAUUUAUUAUUAAUUUAAAUGAUAUUAUUUUUUGUGGAGAAUAUAAUGUCUAUUAUAUAUACAUUAAAAAUUUGAUGAAAAACUUUAACGAAA